GCGCACCCCGCCUGCCCGUCGCCUCUCCUCGCAGCGUGAUCGGGCGCCGCCGCGGAGGGGAGGGGGGGUUCGCGACGUCGCUGGCGGUCGGGGGCCGUUUCGGAGUGCAGACCCCCUCCCUCCCCCUGCCUGCCUCCCGUCACCCUCUCUUGUUCUCGCCCUGCCCGGCUACACGGCGCCGCCGCGGGCGCGGAGGAGGAGGAGAACGCGGACGUCCCAGGGCCUGCCCGGCCCCGCCGCGGCGCCUCCUUCCCUCACCCUGAGCCGCAGCGCGCGGCGCUGGCCGAGGGCGAUGGGGCUGGGCUGAGGCAAGGCAAGGCAGCGGCGGCGGCGGCCGGGUCCCCCGCGGCUCUUGGAGCUAGUCCGGCCGCAAGGGAGGCCGCGGAGGAGGCGGCGCGGCGGCGGCCGAUCUGACAGAAACAUCCUUGAAUCUUGGUGUUUGGACAUAGGAGUGAUCUUUCAUUGUUCUGAAGCACAAGACCUUUAAACCACUGUAGGUAUGGACAAAGAAGAAAGGAAGAUUAUCAAUCAGGGUCAAGAAGAUGAAAUGGAGAUUUAUGGUUACAAUUUGAGUCGCUGGAAGCUUGCUAUAGUUUCUUUAGGAGUGAUUUGUACUGGCGGGUUUCUCCUCCUCCUUCUCUAUUGGAUGCCUGAGUGGCGGGUGAAAGCGACCUGUGUCAGAGCUGCAAUUAAAGACUGUGAAGUAGUGCUGCUGAGGACUACUGAUGAAUUUAAAACAUGGUUUUGUGCAAAAAUUCGCUUUCUUUCUUUGGAAACUCACCCAUUUUCAAGUCCAAAAUCUAUGUCUGAUAAGCUUUCAAUUGGCCGUGCAGUUUGUUUGAUUGAGAAUCCCACUGAAGAAAACAGGCAAGAGAUCAGUAAAUAUUCACAGACUGAAUCACAACAGAUUCGUUAUUUCACCCACCAUAGUAUAAAAUAUUUCUGGAAUGAUAACAUUCACAAUUUUAGUUUCUUAAAGGGACUGGAUGAAGGUGUUUCUUGUACGUCAAUUUAUGAAAAGCAUAGUGCAGGACUGACAAAGGGGAUGCAUGCCUACAGAAAACUGCUUUAUGGAAUAAAUGAAAUUGCUGUGAAAGUGCCUUCUGUUUUUAAGCUUCUAAUUAAAGAGGUUCUCAACCCAUUCUACAUUUUCCAGCUGUUCAGUGUUAUACUGUGGUGCACUGAUGAAUACUAUUACUAUGCUCUAGCUAUUGUGGUUAUGUCCAUAGUAUCAAUUGUAACCUCACUAUAUUCCAUUAGAAAGCAAUAUGUUAUGUUGCACGACAUGGUGGCAACUCAUAGUACCGUACGAGUUUCCGUUUGUAGAGUGAAUGAAGAAAUGGAAGAGAUUUUUUCCACCGACCUUGUGCCAGGAGAUGUCGUGGUCAUUCCAUUAAAUGGAAUAAUAAUGCCUUGUGAUGCUGUACUUAUCAAUGGAACCUGCAUUGUAAAUGAAAGCAUGUUAACAGGAGAAAGUGUUCCAGUGACAAAGACUAAUUUGCCAAAUCCUUCAGUGGAUGUAAGAGGAAAAGGAGAUGAAUUAUAUAAUCCAGAAACACAUAAACGACAUACUUUGUUUUGUGGGACAACUGUUAUUCAGACUCGUUUCUACACCGGAGAAUUCGUCAAAGCCAUAGUUGUUAGAACAGGAUUUAGUACUUCCAAAGGACAGCUGGUUCGUUCCAUAUUGUAUCCCAAACCAACUGAUUUUAAACUCUACAGAGAUGCCUACUUGUUUCUACUAUGUCUUGUAGCAGUUGCUGGCAUUGGGUUUAUCUACACUAUUAUUAAUAGCAUUUUAAAUGAGGUAGAAGUUGGGAUAAUAAUUAUUGAGUCUCUUGAUAUCAUAACAAUUACCGUGCCACCUGCACUUCCUGCUGCAAUGACUGCUGGUAUUGUGUAUGCUCAGAGAAGACUGAAAAAAAUCGGUAUUUUCUGUAUCAGUCCUCAAAGAAUAAAUAUUUGUGGACAGCUGAAUCUUGUUUGCUUUGAUAAGACUGGAACUCUAACUGAAGAUGGUUUAGAUCUUUGGGGGAUUCAACGAGUGGAAAAUACACGAUUUCUUUUACCAGAAGAAAAUGUGUGCAACGAGAUGUUGGUAAAAUCCCAGUUUGUUGCUUGUAUGGCUACUUGUCAUUCACUUACAAAAAUUGAAGGAGUGCUUUCUGGUGAUCCACUUGAUUUGAAAAUGUUUGAAGCCAUCGGAUGGAUUCUGGAAGAAGCAACUGAAGAAGAAACAGCACUUCAUAAUCGGAUUAUGCCCACAGUGGUUCGUCCUCCCAAACAAUUGCUUCCUGAAUCUACCCCUGCAGGAAACCAAGAAAUGGAGCUGUUUGAACUUCCAGCUAUUUAUGAGAUAGGAAUUGUGCGCCAGUUUCCAUUUUCCUCUGCUUUGCAACGUAUGAGUGUGGUUGCAAGGGUGCUAGGGGAUAAGAAAAUGGAUGCCUACAUGAAAGGAGCGCCUGAGGUCAUUGCCAGUCUUUGUAAACCUGAAACAGUUCCGGUUGAUUUUCAAAAAGUUUUGGAAGACUUCACUAAACAGGGCUUCCGUGUGAUUGCUCUUGCACACAGAAAAUUGGAGUCAAAACUGACAUGGCAUAAAGUACAGAAUAUUAGCAGAGAUGCAAUAGAAAACAACAUGGAUUUUAUGGGAUUAAUUAUAAUGCAAAACAAAUUAAAGCAAGAAACCCCUGCAGUACUUGAAGAUUUGCAUAAAGCCAACAUUCGCACUGUCAUGGUCACAGGUGACAACAUGUUGACUGCUGUCUCUGUGGCCAGAGACUGUGGAAUGAUUCUACCUCAGGAUAAAGUGAUUAUUGCUGAAGCAUUACCUCCGAAGGAUGGGAAGGUUGCCAAAAUAAAUUGGCAUUAUGCAGACUCCCUCACACAGUGCAGUCAUCCAUCAGCAAUUGACUCAGAGGAUAUUCCAGUUAAAUUGGUCCAUGAUAGCUUAGAGGAUCUUCAAAUGACUCGUUAUCAUUUUGCAAUGAAUGGAAAAUCAUUUUCAGUGAUACUGGAGCAUUUUCAAGACCUUGUUCCUAAGUUGAUGUUGCAUGGCACCGUGUUUGCUCGUAUGGCACCUGAUCAGAAGACACAGUUGAUAGAAGCAUUGCAAAAUGUUGAUUAUUUUGUUGGGAUGUGUGGUGAUGGCGCAAAUGAUUGUGGUGCUUUGAAGAGGGCACAUGGAGGCAUUUCCUUAUCAGAGCUUGAAGCUUCGGUGGCAUCUCCCUUUACCUCUAAAACUCCUAGUAUUUCCUGUGUGCCAAACCUUAUCAGGGAAGGCCGUGCUGCUUUAAUAACUUCCUUCUGUGUGUUUAAAUUUAUGGCAUUGUACAGCAUUAUCCAGUACUUCAGUGUUACUCUCCUGUAUUCUAUCUUAAGUAACCUAGGAGACUUCCAGUUUCUCUUCAUUGAUCUGGCAAUCAUUUUGGUAGUGGUAUUUACAAUGAGUUUAAAUCCUGCCUGGAAGGAGCUUGUGCCGCAAAGACCGCCUUCGGGUCUUAUAUCUGGGGCCCUUCUCUUCUCCGUUUUGUCUCAGAUUAUCAUCUCCAUUGGAUUUCAAUCUUUGGGGUUUUUUUGGGUCAAGCAACAACCUUGGUAUGAAGUGUGGCAUCCAGAAUCAGAUGCUUGUAAUACAACAAGAAGCCUGUUUUGGAAUUCUUCACACGUGGACAAUGAAACCGAACUUGAUGAACAUAAUAUAAAAAAUUAUGAAAAUACCACAGUUUUUUUUAUUUCCAGUUUUCAGUACCUCAUAGUGGCAAUUGCCUUUUCAAAAGGAAAACCCUUCAGGCAACCUUGCUACAAAAAUUAUUUUUUUGUUUUUUCUGUGAUUUUUUUAUAUGCUUUUAUAUUAUUCAUCAUGUUGUAUCCAGUUGCCUCUGUUGACCAGGUUCUUGAGAUAGUGUGUGUACCAUAUCAGUGGCGUAUAACUAUGCUCAUCAUUGUUCUUGUCAAUGCCUUUGUAUCUAUCACAGUGGAGAACUUCUUCCUUGACAUGGUCCUUGGGAAAGUUGUGUUCAAUCGAGACAAACAAGGAGAAUAUCGGUUCAGCACCACACAGCCGCCACAGGAUUAUUUCUCUAAGGUCACAUUUACUACAAACAUCAGGAUUGAUCAGAAGGAUUUCGGAGUCAGUGGAUCGGUGGGGAAAAUGCUGCUUAUCCUGGGCCCUGGGCUGUAGAAAGAAGACACCAAAGGCCAAGUACAUGUAUCUGGCGCAGGAGCUCUUGGUUGAUCCAGAAUGGCCACCAAAACCUCAGACAACCACAGAAGCUAAAGCUUUAGUUAGGGAGAAUGGAUCAUGUCAGAUCAUCACCAUAACAUAGCAGUCAGUCAGUCUCAGUGGUAAUCAUCACCAUAACAUAGCAGUCAGAAUAUUCAGGAAUACGUGUUUUUAGGAGUUUCUGAUCCUGUGUGUCAGAAUGGCACUAUUUCAGUUUAAGUCCCUUCUGAUAUAGUAGUUGAGAGCUUUGCUCUUCCUUAAAAACAAAAACAGAAAAAGGUAUUGUCCUAACAAAUUAACAAUCUGUAAAGUCCUGUAUCUUCAUUUCAGUCAUGGAAAUAUUGUAUACAUUUCCAGAAUUUUCUUGAUUGUUACUCUCAGUGAUAUUCUCUAUAUUGGGUCCAGGAGAAGUUUGGUGUUUGGUAGUUUUUCAGCAUUAGUUUUUGAGGUUAGUUUACCUCUUUACAUUUAUGUUCACAACCCUCUUAUUAGAAAAAGUCUGUAUUUCUGUGGACUCUAAAUUUAUGAUUGAUAAAAAGAAAAUGAGUGUUAAUUAGCCUCUAGUGAAAAUAUAUUGAAAGCCUGUUUUCAUUUGAUUCCAAUAUUUCUUCCAAAGAAUUGUGUAUAAAUAUACACCAAUUCCCUAAGAUGGUCUAGAGUUAGGAAUGAGUUUAUGGUGUUGCUUAUAGAACAACUCAGGUAAUUUCCAUUUAUGGUUUUAUAUUUUCUGUACAAACUGCCUGGGUUUUAUUUUUCUAAUCAGCAAGGUGCUUCACUGCCUUCUUGAGAUGCCUCUCAAAGCUAUUAAAUGGCUCUUGUCCUAUGUGAGGUGUCAGUAGUCUAAUUUGCUUCUGUUAAAUGUUGUAGAACCUUUUUCACUAGGAAAUAGGAUUCAUUUCUUUUGGCAGUAGAUGUAGAUUCAUCUUUCUAAUGUUUCUUCAGAUUUGUUCCUGUCCGGCUUUGUGUUAUUUUAAAUGGUUUUUUAAAAUUUUCUUGUUUUCAAUUACCUAAAGACAUAAAAUAAUAGUUUUUUCAAGUUAGAAUUUUACCUCAUAAGAUUUUUUGAGAUUUGACAUAUGUCUCUGUCUUAUCAAUAAUGAGGCCUAAAGAAUAUUGGGUUUGAAUGGCUGCAUUUUUUAAAAGCAAUAUGAACUUGGUGAGAGUUUGUUUUAUGCCAUUAGGUGGCGCCAGAGGUCAGAGCAUGUCUACUUUGAAUUGGACUAUUAAAAAUGAACGUAUUUGGUGUGGAAAUUUCUGAGAGGAAAAAAAAAAAUGAGGAAAUAAAGUUUUAAAAAUUGACAUUCAUUGAGCCAAAAGAAAUGUGGAGAAACAUGUUUAACCUUUCCAUUUUGCCUGAUUAACAUUUAAAUUCUUGCCAAAAUUAAGGUAACUUUAAAAAUGCCUUUUACAUGUAGGAUCCAGCAGUUUGGCAAAACUUAGAAAACUGAUAGUGCUAUAAAAUGGAUACUAAACUAUUAAAACGUAUGACAUUGUUCUGUGUUCUUCCGUAACCAGUAACAUGCUUGCUGUGCUUUCUACUUCUAGCUGAUCAUUAUUUCCCAGCAUAUAUUUACCAAUUUACCACAUUUUACCUAGAAUUGUAGGACCAAAUGGUUCUCACUCUUUAUGCUGCAAAGAAUGAUGUUUGGUAACUGUAGAAAAAUAGAAGUUACACUCAGGAUCACUGUUAACUGCUAUUGCCACUGAUGAUUCUUCCAAAAAUAUAAUCGAAGUUCUCCAUCAAAAUGUAUGAUAUGCUAUUAAUACACAUUAGAUGAUAAUAACAGUUGUUCCAUGAAUAAUCCUAUGAAGCUAUGCAUCUUAGACCUCUUGAGCUGUGAAUUAGCACUAUUUUCUGUAGUUACUUAUUCGAUCAUUUUAUAAUUUCCAUAUUAAUUUCAGAUAUGCUUGUGUUACUCUUCAGUGCUCUCCAGAAUUGUGCAUUUUAUUCUUUGGUUUAAGCACUCAAGUAUAUAAUUAAAGGAAUUGCUAAGUAGCAGCUUAAAAUUCAGUUAUCAAAUUGUAUUUAACAAUCUUUAAGAGCAUGAUCAUAAAGAGCUAUUUUUGACACCCCCCCUUUUUUUUUAACAUUUAGAGUUAAAAGGGUUUUAUAUCUCAUCUGUCCAUAUUUUUUUCCAAGGAAUGAGGUGUUGAGGUAGGUGGAAAAGCAUUUGUAGGAAGUUAGUUUGAAUAUUGACACGGUGGGUUAUUCACAUUGAGGGUGUUAUUUGAAGAAUGACUCUGAAGCCAGGUGUGGUUCUACUCAGUGCCAUAGAUAGACCGAGUCUUCUCUCUGUAGGUCACCGUUACAGAAUUUUCAUUCUGAAUUUCACAUUGAAUUAUUUGAGUUCAUGUAGACCUAAAUUUUAAAAACUGUACAUAUAUUAUUUUGAUGUAUUAAGAUGAAUAAAUAUUGCUGAUUUAGAUUUUAUUUAUACACAUACGUAAAGGACAAAAAUGUCUGGGAAAGUAAUUGUUAAAUAAUGAUAUGUAACUUUUUAACUUUUUAAAUAAACAACGAGAUUUUUCAUGUGUGUCUCCCUCAGGGUUGUUUAAACCUUUUUUUCUCCCUCAAGUAUAAAUAGUGGUAACUAUAUGUUUUGUAUCUUCUAGCACCAACUGCUGUAAAGCAGUGCUGCGAAUAAUGCUUGAAUAAAAAUGGCUAAGCCCACAACAAAAUACAUACUUUUUACAGUAGUUUUAUAAUCCUUCAGUUCGAAAGCUUUCCAAAUGGCACUUGCAUCUAAACAAAACUGUUGCAGUUUUCACUCUAUUUACUUUGUUCCCCAUGUUUAUGAAAGUGCUGCGCAGUUUCAAGGGCAUGGUAACCAAUAUAUCAGUGUUGAUGUAGUCCGUUCCAAAAACAGCUAUCGAUAACAUUACUCAGUGAAAAGCAAAAUUCAAGCUUUAGAAAACAUGCAUGCAUGCAGUUUUGACGUAUCUAAAAGUAGGUUUUUGUAUAUUUAUGGUGGGAGGUGGUUGGGAGCUUUUAACAAAAUGGGGUGUUAAUUUUUGUAUAGUCUGUGGGCAUUUACACAUUUUUAAUGUAUUAAAAUUUGGUAAUUAUGUGUACAUUAAAUUAAUUACUUCUGGUUAUGAUUUGUGAAUUCCCUACAACCUUGGAUUUUUUUAAGUAACUUUAUAUCAGAAAUGAUACUGCAUCUUUAUAUUUUUAAAAUUGUAUUGCUCAAGAAUGGUACCCUCUUGUCAAAAAGGCAUACAUUCAUAAUUGUACAUUCAACAUUGUAAAUAAUCUUAUGAAACCUUUUUUGAUUGAAGCAUUCAAAAUAAAAAUUUUAAUGAAUGAAAUAA